AUGGCCGUAGCAUUCUCCAGCGAUGAUUCUAUGGGAAGCGAUGCAGUGACGCAGUGUACCUUCCCACCUGGAAAGGAGCCAAGUGCUCAUUUCAGUUACAACGUUGGUAAAGCCAACGUUGUUCCAGCUGCAGAUGCAGAUAGGAUCGCUGAAGAGCAACAUCUGAAGCUCAUUCACGCUCAUAAAGGAGACGAUGGAAUGUACUGCCAUUUCCGACAAAAAAGCGGCAAUGGAGAGAACAGAUUUGUUCCAUAUCUCAACGAUAAACAUUUCAUAUUCUUAGCUCGAGGAGUUGCAAAAGAUCACAGAGCCCUGGAUAUUCACGCUUUGGACACCAACUCACCAAACUUUCCUUAUAUUUCCGACAAAAAGGUUAAUGUGGCUGAAGUGAGAAAGAGAGAAACUCCGGCGCAAGGUGAGGGAAAAUCACCAUGCAUGUAA